CAAGAGAGUUGGGAGCACAGUUUGAAGCUGCUGAAGCCAGCUGGGGAAAAAAGGUGAAAGCCCCGAAGCAGAGCAGGACUGGUGGAAUGCCAGGAUGAACGUGACAACACUCUACACGGGAGGCAUGAGCGUCUACAGCCAAGGAAACGCCUCGGGCAAUGGAAGCGCUGGUACCCUGGGCUCCUUAAACAUCGAGAACAAAGUGAUGAACGUCUUCAGCAUUCUCAUCCUCACCAUCACCAUGACAUCUCUCGGUUGUUCGAUGGAGAUUUCAAAAAUAAGGGGCCAUUUAUUUAAGCCAAAAGGAGUAGCCAUUGCACUGGUGGCCCAGUUUGGUAUCAUGCCAUUCACUGCUUUCUGUACAGCAAAGUUGUUACGGAUGAACGACUUAAAGGCUGUGACUUUGCUCAUAUGUGGCUGUUGUCCAGGGGGAACCUUAUCCAACAUCUUUUCCCUGGCCAUUAAGGGCGACAUGAACCUCAGCAUCGUGCUGACCACUUGUUCCAGCUUCGCAGCCCUGGGUCUGAUGCCUUUAAUGCUCUACAUUUACUGUCAAGGCUUUGCCAAUCUGACACACGCCGUGCCGUACGUCAGCAUCGUCACGACUCUUGUGCUCACGCUGGUGCCGUGUGCCAUUGGCAUAACCAUCAAGUAUUACAAGCCAAAGUACACAGCGAUGAUCCAAAAAGUCGGCUUCAGCAUCCUGGUCCUCUCCUCCAUCCUGGCUGUAAUCCUGUGUGGUGUUGCCGUCAAAGAACUCCUAUGGAAGGUUCUCACACCAGAUAAUUUGACAGCGGCCGCACUGAUGCCGGGGAUUGGCUACAUCAUGGGAUAUGUCCUGUCGCUUCUUUUCAGAUUCAACGCUCCAUGCAGGAGGACCAUCUCCAUGGAGACAGGGUGUCAAAACAUUCAGCUGUGCUUUGCCAUUCUGAAGGUGGCUUUCCCCCUGGAGGUCAUCGGACCCAUAUUUCUCUUCCCACUGAUCUACAUGACGUUCCAGAGCGUCGAGGCCCUUCUCCUGAUCCUGUGUUUCAGAUGUUACCAAACGUUCACGGCGCCAGCUGAGGAUUUGCAAGAGUGCAGCAAUGUUGACAUUAAACCAGGGGAGCCAUGAUGAUGACGUUGGCAGGCCUGAAUACUGACACAAUAACUGUAUAAAAACUAAUACUUGCAUCGUCAGUAACAGGUUUUUAACCUCUUGACGUGAGCCUUUUCCUAUUUUAACCCACCGUGUUGUAUUUUUCUGUUUUAUAUGCUUUUAUUUUCCUAUUAUUGUGAAGCACUUUGAGCUUAUUUUUUUAAUUAUUAUUAAUGGGGUUCAUUUAAUGUAACAUAUUUUAAAGCAAAAUUGGCAAAUUGCAAUUUUUUCUAUUUUUGAUAGUUCUAUGUUGUAAGCCUUUUUUUUGUAAUACUCCUAUAUACUUUUUUAAAAUACUCUUAUAAUACUUUUAUAAUUGAAUGUAUUGCACAGUAAAUAUUAAACUGAAGCUUGACUUUGAUAUUCAUUUUUCAGAUAUUUAACUUCACUUCACAUCACGAUAGAACUAAGACCAGAAUCAGUCAUUCAUGACAAAGGAGCUGCACUUACCGGUGAUUGGCUGAAAAAUGGACAGAUAUCAAAUACAGUGUUUUUAAACAUGA